GGCUUCUAGACUUGGAGACCUGGGUGCAGGGCACUCUCUCCAGACUCCCUACAAAUUCCCCACACACAUUAUCCAGGGACCUUGUGCAGGCAUCUGCUUAGACAGAGCAAGGGCUGGCUGCUGACCUGGAGGGAUAGAGACCCUCUGCUUGCCUCUUGGGCCCAUCCACUGGUUUAUAAGGAUCAUUCUGCCUUUUCCCAGCCCACUCAAUACCUGACAUACAUCCCAAGGUAGAAGGCAUUGCCAGAGACAGAUAAUAUGGCAGCUAACGUGAAGACACCAAGCCAUGUGAUCUUCAAGAAGAUCUCCCGGGACAAAUCGGUGACCAUCUACCUUGGGAAGAGAGACUAUAUAGACCAUGUUGACCAAGUAGAACCUGUGGAUGGUGUCGUGCUGGUGGAUCCUGAGCUCGUCAAGGGAAAGAAAGUGUUUGUCUCUCUGACCUGCGCCUUCCGCUAUGGCCAGGAAGAUAUCGACGUGAUAGGCCUGACCUUCCGCAGAGACCUGUACUUCUCCCAGGUCCAGGUGUUCCCUCCUGUGGAGGCCAUGGGCACCCCCACGAAACUGCAGGAGAGCCUGAUCAAGAAGCUGGGGGGCAACACGUACCCCUUCCUGCUCACGCUUCCGGACUACUUACCCUGCUCGGUGAUGUUGCAGCCAGCUCCGCAAGACGUGGGGAAGUGCUGUGGGGUCGACUUCGAGGUCAAAGCAUUUGCCACAGACAACCCGGAUUGCGAAGAGGGCAAAAUUUCCAAGAAGAGCUCUGUGUGCUUACUGAUCCGCAAAGUGCAGCACGCGCCGCUCAAGAUGGGCCCCCAGCCCCGCGCUGAGGCCGCCUGGCAGUUCUUCAUGUCUGACAAGCCCCUGCACCUGGCAGUGUCCCUCAGCAAAGAGAUCUAUUUCCAUGGGGAACCCAUCCCUGUGACUGUGAGUGUGGCUAAUAACACAGAGAAGACAGUGAAGAGGAUCAAGGCAUUAGUGGAACAAGUGGCCAACGUGGUUCUUUACUCCAGUGACUAUUACACCAAGUCAGUGGCCGCGGUGGAAACACAAGAAAAAGUGCCACCAAACAGCACUUUGACCACAACACUGAUGCUGGUGCCCUUGCUGGCUAACAACCGUGAAAGAAGGGGCAUCGCCCUAGAUGGGAAAAUCAAGCACGAGGACACGAAUCUGGCGUCCAGUACCAUCAUAAAGGAGGGCAUAGACCGGUCUGUCCUGGGGAUCCUGGUGUCCUACCAGAUCAAGGUGAAGCUCACGGUGUCAGGCUUUCUGGGAGAGCUCACCUCCAGUGAAGUGGCCGCAGAGGUGCCUUUCCGCCUCAUGCACCCCCAGCCUGAUAACCCAGCUGCAGCGAAGGAAAGUUUGCAGGAUGAAAACUUGGUUUUUGAGGAGUUUGCUCGCCAAAAUCUGAAAGACGGAGGAGAACAUGAGGAAGGGAAGAAGGAACAGGGGGCAGCUGUCCAUGAAUGAGGAGGUCGGCCCAGGACGCAGGGACGUGGGCGAGUUCCAGGCAUGGUGGUUCUGCUUCGUUAGCCUGUUAGUCAUGAGAAAUACCAAGGUCUGAGUCUUUGUCACAGAAAUAAAGUUUGUCUCUUCUCCUCA